UCACUCAGCCGCCGCACAGCCCAGCAGCUCCUCCGCCUCUGCUCGUCCCGUCCUGGACAUCUGAAGUGCAGGACCCUCGCCGGACUGCGCCGAUCUACACCUCCUCCAUGGAGCUAUUCAUCUGGUUCUACUGGAUUGCCAGUUUUCAUCUGACAUGCCUCAUUGCAUCCCUCUGUCCAGAAAAAUGUCAGUGUCCUGCAGAAAACAAAGUGCUCUGCAUUGGCAGGAACAUAACACAGUUCCCUACAGGCAUGCCAGGCACCACUCAAGCACUGGUCAUAAUGGACACACAGAUGAAGCAAGUGGAGGACAGUGACUUUAACAGCGUUCACCACAGCCUGCUGUCCCUAGACUUGUCUAAAAAUUACCAGUUGCAGAUCCUUCCGGAUGCCCUCCACCGACUCACAGCCCUUCAGUGGCUCAUCUUGAACAACAACCAACUGAGACAAAUUCCACCCAACUCUUUCCACUCUCUUAAGAGUCUUAGGAGGCUUUCCCUUGCUACCAAUAAACUUGAGACCCUGGCUCCGCACCUCUUUCACAACCUCAGCCAUCUGGAUGAGCUUUACCUGCAGGAGAACAACCUCCGCUUCCUCCCACAGGAUGCAUUUCAGCCCUUGAAUGCCCUGAAAAGGCUCCAUAUGGGGAAGAACAACCUGAGCCACAUACCGGCUGAUGCCUUCCAGACACUGACCAACCUCCAGAUUCUGAAACUUCAAGAGAACCAGCUGGCAGACAUUGCUCAGGGUAGUUUUGCAGGCCUCACGAGCCUGCAGGAGCUCCACCUGCAGAAGAACCAGCUCAGACAGCUGCCAGAGGGAUUCCUACCCAGCCAGCCCAACUUGGUCAAGCUCUAUUUGUCUGGCAAUCAGCUAGCUGCCCUCCCUCGGGGCAUCUUCCUCAAUGUGCCACGUCUCACCCAGCUCAGUCUAUUUGAGAACAAGCUGGCAGAGCUCUCUGUAGGCACAUUUGGGCCGAUGCCCUACCUCCAGGACCUGUGGCUGUAUGACAACAAUCUGACCCGGCUGCCAGACCAGGUGUUCAGUAACCUCACCCACUUGCGGCUACUGGUGCUGAGUAGGAACAAGCUGAGCGAGGUGUCAGCCAAGGCCUUCGAGGGCCUGCUGGAGCUCACCGAGGUCUCCCUGCACACCAACCAGCUAAGCUCUCUCCAUGAAGAAGUGUUUGGCGGUCUGGUGAAGUUGCAGAACAUCUCUCUCCAGAACAACAAAUUACAGUUGCUGCCUGCCAAGCUCCUGAAUAACAUUUCCCAGCUGCACUCGGUGCUACUGCACAACAAUUCCCUGCGGAGCCUUCCGCCACAGUUACUCAGUGACUUAAGCCGGGCACAGCGGGUGAACCUCUGCAAUAAUCUGUGGAGCUGUGACAUGGCCAUCAUCCCACUCCGGGACUGGCUAGUUGCCAAUCCUUCUAAAGUGCUUAACCUUAGCCAGGUUGUGUGCCAGUCCCCCACCUAUCUUGCAGGAGUUCCAGUUGCAAAUAUAAUUACAGACCAGCUAAUUGGUAGCCCAGAAGAAAGAACUGGGCACACCUCAUCCACCUCAGCGACACCCAGCAGCAGUAAGCCCAUCUGGAAUGAAGAGAAAAAGCAGCCCGAGGGCAGUGGCCUGAGUAAAAAGUCUCUGAUCAUUCUGACCUUGGUGGUGUGCAGUUUAGUUAUUGCCACUGUCAUCGCUGUCAUUGCUUGCCGCUGGAGGAAGUGCUCCACUCUCCAGAUAUCUAAAGGGUCCCGCAGGAGUGCGGCCAUAUACACAAUGGCAAUGGCCCACACCAUCAUGAUUCUGGCUGUCAUGCCACUCUGUGUUCUGAGCAGAAGCUGCCCAGCAGGAUGCCAUUGUUUCUCACGGACCAAAAUAUUCUGCUCGGAAGAAACCAUCAACAAAAUUCCAGACAACAUAUCUUCCUCUGUAAAGGAGCUAAUUCUGGUGAACUCAAAGUUAACUAGUCUUCCAUCUGAAGCUUUUAGCAGCUACCAGAACCUUUCUACAAUCAUCCUCCUCAACAGUUACAUAUCCAAAGUACCGCAGGGAGCAUUCUGGGGACUGCCACAGCUAGUGGAACUGGAAAUCAGUGGCAGCCGGCUGCCAACCCUGGAAGUGGACAUUCUCAGGCCACUGGCCCACCUUCAGAAACUCAACCUGAACUUUAACCGGUUUACAGCUAUGCAGAGUGGCAUCUUUGAUGAGCUGGUCCACCUGAAGGAGCUGCAGUUAAAGGGCAAUGGCCUCUCCCAGUUGCCAGGUGAUAUCUUCCACAGGCUCUUGGACCUUCAGCGGCUUGAUCUCUCAAUGAAUAAGCUGAGAGUGCUACCACGGGAACUUCUGGCUGGACUUUCUAAUCUGACAACACUUAGCCUCAAUGAUAACAAUAUUGAGUACCUGACCCCAGGCUUAUUUGAGGAUUUGGCCCAGCUGAAGGAGCUUUCGCUGCACCGCAACAACAUCUCCAUGCUUCCCGACAACAUUUUUUUCUCAAUGAUGGAGCUGAAAGUGCUUGAUUUGCAUGGGAAUCAAAUCCAAAAUCUUCAGCCCAGUGUAUUUUCCUGCUUGUAUAGUCUCCAGCUUCUAAAGCUUACCUCCAAUGAGCUCAAAGAGCUGCCGUCUGACUUACUGAGGAAGACACCAAGACUAGCUAAGCUGUACCUGUCCAAAAACCACCUGAAAACUCUUCCCAGUGCAUUGUUUCAAAAUACAGUGGAGCUGAGUGUACUGGAGCUCUCUGAAAACUUCAUCCAGGUUUUACCAGCUGCUGUGUUUCAUGGUCUGAAGCAGCUCAGCCGCCUACUGCUGGACCACAACAACCUGACAUGCUUAGAUGGACACUUGUUGCGGGACCUUCUCAUGCUGGAACAGCUCCAUCUGUCUCAUAAUAAGCUGCACACUGUGCCUAAUGGGCUUUUUCAGGCAGUGACAAUAUUGCCGUUGCUGGCAUUGCAUGAUAAUCCCUGGUUGUGUGACUGCCGCUUGCAAUACGUGCAGGAGUGGGUACGAUAUAACACACAAAGUCUACAGCUUUCACACAAGAUCUACUGCCAGGGGCCAGCAAAUCUGCAGGGGCAAAGUCUGCUGUCACUGAACCCAGAGCAGCUUGUUUGCUAUAAGGACUUGCUGCCCCCUCACUGUCAAUCUGAAAUCUUAGAGUCAGCGGAAGUCAACCUACCAUUUGACAAGAAAGCACUGAGUCAAUGCAGAGUGAUAGAACAGAGUGGAGCAAGUGCUAUCAAAUGUACCUUCUCAAGAUGUGCACAAGUCAAAGUUCAGGUGCAGCUGCAAGGCGAAGAGGGAAAUGGUGACUCAGAAGACUUAGGGCUUUACACGUGGGACUGCUCCAAUUCUACCAUCACAGUCAAUGUAAUGGCCUCUGAUCAGCUCUACUUCCACUAUAAAUAUCAUGGCAGUGCUAGUGGAAUUCAUCCCUCAGUUGAAUCAACUAAAAAAAACUUUAGUGACAACUUUAUUUCAAGACUUUUUGAUGACCUGCAACAUCUUACACAUCUCAAUCUGGCUAAGAACCACAUUAGGAACACCUCCAGAGAGCUGUUCAACAAACUAGUAAAGCUUCAGAAAUUGAGGCUGUACGAGAACGAGCUGGAAGACCUUCCUUAUGGACUGUUUAAGGACAUGCCAGGGUUCACUGAAACACUAAGAUAUCUCUGUAAAUUCUUGAACCUCCUGCCCAUCACUCUCUACAUUUUGUGGUUUACUGAGCUUGGAUUUGGGAUUGAUGAUGAUGUUCCUGAGAAACCAAAUGAAAACCAGGGCAUCUACAAUUCUCUAAAUAUUACAGAAAUUCCAGAAACCCUCAAGCCACUCCUGACAGAAGUCUACUUUAUUCAGACAGGUAUUACAAACAUCAGAGCUGGUGCCUUCAGGAACAAUUUGAAUCUUACAUUAAUCAACUUUGUCAGCAAUCCAAUAAAUUCUGUGGAUGUGAGGGCAUUCGAAGGUCUUAGCAUUAUCACUGAGAUUGCCAUUUCAGGCUCUCACCUGACGUUCCUACCAGUGGGGGUAUUCAGUGACACGAAAAACCUCAAAACUCUCAGUUUAAAAAGCAAUCAGUUACAAAGGCUGGAAAAGGGACUCUUUGAUGGCCUCACUAACCUGACAAACCUUCAGCUCCACACAAACAACAUCACACAGUUACCUGAAGGACUGUUUAGUGACCUGGAGCAUCUUACACGUCUCGGUCUGGCUAAGAACCGCAUCAGGACCAUUUCCAGAGAGCUCUUCAACAAACUUGGAAAGCUGCAGAAGUUGAGGCUGUACGAGAAUGAGCUGGAAGACCUUCCUGAUGGACUGUUUAAGGACAUGCAAGAGCUCACUGAAAUAGUUCUCCACUCCAACAGGAUAAGGGCCCUGCCUGCCCAUGCAUUCUCGCACAACAGCAUGCUGGAAAAGAUAUACCUGGAGAAGAAUUCACUCACUGAAUUGCCACAUGGAAUUUUCUUUCAUCUUCCCAAUUUGAAGACCCUAAUGCUACACAGCAACCAGCUUGUUCAGCUUCCCAACGCUCUUUUUGGACAGAUGCCCAAAUUAACUGAACUUAGACUAAACCAAAAUAAUCUAAGUGCUCUUCCGCCGGGUAUCUUCAGCAACUUAACAUCUCUGACAAAGCUCUUUUUGUCCAAUAAUAAACUUACAGGACUACACACUGAAAGUUUUGCAGGUCUUCCUCAACUCACUGAACUUUAUUUGCAGGAAAACAACCUGAAAAGUCUAAGCAGUGAAAUCUUCAAAGGCAUUCCCAAGCUAAAGAUCCUCAAUCUGACAAACAAUCACCUGACUACUGUUCCAGCUGAUUUAUUUGACCCCCUUUCACAGGUCAACAGAGUUUUCAUCGAGGGUAAUCCAUGGAAUUGUGACUGUAACUUAAUUGGACUAUUCACUUGGAUAAAAAAUAGAAAGUUCUCCUCACCUGCAACCUGUGAAAGUCCGACGAUUCUCCAAGGAAAUCUGCUCACCUCCAUAACUGUGGACCGAUUUAUUUGUCCACUCACAACUCCAAUUUCUACAACCAGUUCAGUGAAGCCAACUACAGCAUCAACAAUUUAUUCCCCUGCUCAAAGUACUUUACAGAGUACAGAGUCAAUAACUCUGGCAAAAACAAGCACAACUACACAAUCAAUCACAACCUUCACAACUGUGCCCACUACUACACCAGUAUGGACAACAUCAACCAAACCAGAGACCACAGAGGUGACCUCUAUCUUGACAACCCAGCCAACUACUACACCAAUGUGGACAAUGUCAACCAAACCAGAGACUACAGAGGUGACCUCUAUCUUGACAACCCAGCCAACUACUACACCAAUGUGGACAACGUCAACCAGCCCUGAGACCACAGAGAUGACCUCUAUCUUGACAACCCAGCCAACUACUACACCAAUGUGGACAAUGUCAACCAAACCAGAGACUACAGAGGUGACCUCUAUCUUGACAACCCAGCCAACUACUACACCAAUGUGGACAACGUCAACCAAACCAGAGACUACAGAGGUGACCUCUAUAUUUACAACUGAGCCAACUACUACACCAAUGUGGACAACGUCAACCAGCCCAGAAACCACAGAGGUGACCUCUAUCUUAACAACCCAGCCAACUACUACACCAAUGUGGACUACGUCAACCAGCCCAGUGACCACAGAGUUGACCUCUAUCUUGACAACCCUGCCAUCCACUACACCAAUAUGGACAACAUCAACCAAGCCAGUGACCACAGAGUUGACCUCUAUUAUGAUAACCCAGCCAACUUCUACACCAAUGUGGACAACAUCAACCAGGACAGAGACCACAGAGUUGACCACCAUCUUGACAACAGAGCCAACUGCUACACUGGUACGGACAACAUCCACAAUAGGAGAGACAACAGAGAUGUCCACUAUAUUGACAACCUUACUUACUACUCCACUAGUCAUAAUGACAUCACCUACAGCAGAGACAACAGAGACUACAACAAUGAUGACGUCCCCACCAACCACUACACCAUUCUGGGUAACAUCAACUAGGCCAGACACAAAAGAGGUGACCACUGUCACGACAAACUUGUUAACUACCACUCCAGUUUGGACACCAACAUCAUCAAAAACAACAGAAAUUACAACUAUUGUGGGAGCUCUACUCAAUCCUUCUUCCUGGACCACAUCAACAAGACCAGAGACAACAGAGAUGACAACUCUCUUGACAACUAUUUUAACAACAUUUGCAACUACUAAACAAGUGUGGGCCAGCCACACCAAACUGGGUCCUACAAAGUUGCCAACCAGCACUGCAACCACACAAGUAGCAAGCACCAUUACAGGGGCAAAUGCAUAUGCCAGAACUAUCAAGGAUUUCACUGUCGGGCCCAGAGUUGUCUGUGAAGUCUCUCUGGUCUUUUAUAAUUUCAUGCUAUUCAUAGAAAUCUGCUGCAUGGCAGUUCUGUUGAGAUUUGUGGUUGUAGUUUAUCGUGCCUGCCAGUUUAGGAAUAAAAAGAUGGCCAGUAUCAGUCUGGUCCAUUUCUCACACCGGAAGGAACCAGUUCUGCACAUAGUAAAUAGCACAACUCAGAAUCCCUCCUUCACUCCAUAGCAGCGGCAACAGAAGUGACAUCUUUUUAAACCCUCACUUUAUGUUUGAUCAGUGUGGAAGAAGGCAUGUGAACAAUGGAACAGUGUAUAAGGUGUUGGCACCAAGGCCCCAGAGUAUCAGAGUUGAAUGAAGUUGUUGAAUACAGUUUUGAGUGUAGCAGACUGACAACUAUGAGGAGGAGCUGAAGUAAAAACAUGGUUGUUUGGAGACAAUAAAUUGAUACUCUUGUGAUAUUUUCUGAACUGUACAUUGGUAGUGUUAUCAAUAAAAUAU